AUGAUACUGAAUGGUCUUCGCGAUGGUUUCUCAUCCCCAUCCGGACCAUAUCAAGGAACCAGCGGCAUCUUUGAGAUAGGCACAGCAUCCGUUAAUUAUAAUGUUGCGUUUAAUCCAUUCAAUGGUUACAUAGAUCAAGUAGUGUUUACUCCUCGUGCUAAGAAUGCCACCGAGAUUCUAAAUGAUGCCACACUUGUUGUUUGGUAUACAUUUGAUAAUGGUUCAUAUUUAGACUCUGGACCUCUGUGGAUCAACGGAACAGGCGUUAGCGUUACAUCUGUUACUGGUUGUGUUAAUCAGGCGCUUUCGUUCACCAGUUCAUUGAGUUAUUUCCAAGGAAGUGGUUUUACUCUGUUAGGUACAGUGAAUCAAUCCUAUUCAAUCGCAUUAUGGGUAAACCCUACUACGGUAUCGGGUGGGGCGACAAUUGUUCAUAUGGCAUCAACAUCAACCGGUUUGGGUUGGUGUAUUCCAACGAUUGGUUUGAGUAUAUCGGGACAAAUUAUUACUCAGAGUUAUAAUGGAAGUUUAGUUACGAUUACAGGACCCAUUUUGACAUUGAAUGCAUGGACACAUGUUGUUGAAACAUACAGUUUUACACAUGGCCUUCGAAUGUAUCUAAAUGGAACAUUGUACAGUUCAUCGGCUUCAUUUACAUAUCAAGCGAGUAGUGCAGCGAUGGCAAUUAUUAUAGGUAAUCCUCUAAAUGGCACAACUUGUCUAUCAUCACCGGUAGUUCCUGGUCAAUAUUGGGGUGCCAUGGAUGAAUUUAGACUGUAUUCAAGAGAACUAAAUUCAACCGAUGUUUAUUCACUUGCCAAUCCUUGA